AUGGUCUCCAGAAUUCUUACCUGUCUUUUCCUGCUCCUAGGCUUGCUCUGCACUAUCAAUCUGGUAGUGAGCCACACCAGGAAUAUCUACUCUACAGAUAGAAAUCAGUUGAGAUUGAGCAAAAGUUUUAAAAGUCAAAAUGGAAAUGUGAAUACAAAUUUGACACACCUAAGUCGAUCAAAGCGCGUGGCCAUCUAUGAUGGCCUGGGCGUUUGCAAGCUGGUUCCUAGCUUCGCUUAUCCUAUAAAACAGUUCGACAAGAAGCAAUCCUUCUGGUGGUUCUUCAACGUUCAGGGCCAAUGGGUACCCACUACCAUUCCCCUCUACUGGUGGAGCUUCUGGAACACUACUGCUUUUGUGUCCACAGCUCGCGAAUGGCGGAAGGACAUGCAGUCUAAGGUGUUCCACGACGAGGCCAGAACAUGGGUAUAUAACGCCAUCGAGUUGGGCAUGGAACAGUUAGAUGGUGCCAACGGUGGAGUCUGCCUACUGAGGAGCAUCUGCGAAAUCUCACAGAAACCCUUUCAAAGCAGCAACAUCUUCAGCGAGAUCGUAAACUCAGUAAUGGUACCGAGCCUGGACAAUGUGGCCAGUAAGUACUUGCACGCCCGGGACGCCGGACUUGGCGGAGCAGACUGCGAGCGAACGUACAGCGACUGCAAUCCAUUGCUCUGGACCCUCGUUACGAACCUGGCCAAGAACCCGUUUUCAUGA